AUGAUCGAUCACCACAAAAUUUCUCCAUCAAAUGUUAAAAGUAACAAACUAAACUUUUUACAAAUACAACUGGCCAUGGUGCGACAACACGUGAUUGCAGUUCCCGUAUCAAUAAAUAAUAAAGUGGAUCUGGCAAUUGGAAGUUCUAUGCAAAUUGUAUUUUCGUUGCUCUUUUUUUUGGUAAUUUUGGGAUGGAUAAUGGAUAUACCAAUGACAUUGCUCUUUGAUAUGUCUCAAGGUUGGCAUUUGGCUAUGGCCAAGAAUUUUUUUGGCCAUUGGAAUCAGCCAAGAUCGACAGUCAAAAUUAGCAGCCAAAAUUCUAUUGACGGCUGUGCAAACAGUGACACUCAAAGUAGUAUAAACGUUACAGACAUAUGA